UGAUUUGAGUACAGAAAACCUGAAAUAUCUGAGCAGCCGGCAAGCGAUUGAGGACAUAGUUUACUUCACAGACGAAAUGAAGAAGAAGUUCGGGAUGAAGUGCAAUAAUGAAGUGGUGCUCUUUGGCGGCUCCUAUCCGGGUGCUCUGGCCGCCUGGGCGCGAAACAAGUAUCCUCACAAAUUCAGCGUGGCGCAUGCGUCUGGAGCACCUAUACAGGCCAUAUUUGAUUUCUCUGGUUUUAGUAAUGUGGUGAGGAAGUCGAUUGAACUCUACGAUGAAAAUUGUGUAUCAGUAAUUGAACAGGGAGCAAAAAAGCAGCAAGAACUGAUGCAAACUCAGGAUGGCUUGAAAAAUCUUACUACAAAGUUCAAGACAUGCAGACCACUAGAAAAAGAUGAUCUAAACAAACAAGCAUUUUUUCAGAAACAAAUCAGCAUGAUCUCGACUGUGGCUCAAUACAACGGGACCGGUACACAGGACAUACCAGCCAUGUGCAAACUGUUGACAGAGGGUUAUAGUGAUGAGGACGAACCCAUUGAUAAACUGGCCAAAUACGUUAUAACCACCACAAAACUCACACAGAAUGAGUCGUGCACCGGGUACAAUUACCAUAGUAACAUUAAAUAUUUGAAGGAAACUGACUGGAAGGAAGGUGGAACCUCUCGUCAGUUCUUAUGGCAAGAAUGCACAGAGUUUGCAUGGUUCUUGAUUUCAAACCAAAAUAGCAGUUUGUUUGCUAAUACAUUGGGUACAGACUUUUACAUUAAACAGUGUGCCGAUGUUUUUGGUGAUAAAUGUCAUCUGAACCUCAAAAGAAGGAUUGAUAUUCACACAAAAUUUUUAAUAGAACAAGAGAUCGAAAGUACAAAUUCAUAUUACGGUGGGCGUCAUAAUUACAACCAAAGCAAAUGUUUGUUCACUCAAGGACAGCUCGAUCCGUGGCAGGCCGCUGGCAUCACAGAAGACAAUGAUAAGAAAGGAUAUAAAGCACUGAUCAUGAAGAAUCUUGGGCACGUGAGAGAUCAGGAAGCUGAGAGCGAUAGCGAUCCACCAGAGCUGGUGGAAGCGAGAGAGGACAUCAAAAAAGUUCUUAGGGGAUGGAUUGAAGCUUUCAAUUUCGGACAAAAUCCCAAUACCAUUCCUCCCAUAGACUGUGGUGAUUGAUUCCCACAUAAUGUCAAAUUUUCAAUUGAUAACUUAACAAAUAAGCAACUUAAGAGAAACGAUAAAACCCAAUCUGAAUGUUAAA